AUGAUAAACGGUCUAGUUGCCCAUGUCGAGUUGGAACAUGAAAUUGUGAAAUGGACUUGCUCAAUUGUGAAUAGCCUAGCACUCAUUUGCAAUACAGUACACAAACGGUGUAGCGUUGCGUCAAAUGGCUCAGGGUAAUGUCGAGUAGCACAGUGACGCACAAACGGUGUGGCGUUGCGUCAAAUGGUACAGCGUAAUGUAGAAUGGUACAGCGUACACACAUAUGGUGUAGCGUUGUGUGAAAUGACUCAGCGUAAUGUCGAAAGGUACAGCGUACAUACAAACAGUGUAGCGUUGCGUGAAAUGGCUCAGCGUAAUGUCGAAUGGUACAGCGUGCACACAAAUGGUGUAGAGUUGCGUGAAUUGGCUCAGCGAAAUGUCGAAUGGUACCGCGUACAUACAAACAGUGUAGCGUUGCGUGAAAUGGCUCAGCGUAAUGUCGAA